AUGGAUGCUCAGACUGUCCGAGGCUGGAUUGUUGACACCUUGGCUCCCGACGCCGACGUGCGUCGGAGGGCUGAGCUCCACCUCAAGCAGGCCGAGGAGCAUGUAGGCUUCACCGACGUUCUACUCGACGUGCUCCAGAAUGAGCAGGAUCAAAAUAUCCGUCUUUCGACCGUCAUCUACCUCAAGAACCGCGUGAACCGCUCGUGGUGCUCGGCAGAUCAGUUCUCGGGCGAGCGCUCGAUACCCGAAGACGAGAAGGCGAGAUGUCGCGACCGGAUACUGCCCAUCCUCGCCUCGAGCCAGGGGCUCAUCCGCCACCAGCUCAUCCCCAUCCUGCAGCGCAUCCUGCACUGGGACUUCCCCGACAAGUGGCCCACCUUCAUGGACUUCACCAUCCAGGCCCUCAACACCAACGACGCCCUCUCCGUCCUGUCGGGCCUGCAGUGCCUGCUCGCCAUCUGCCGCGCCUACCGCUUCAAGGCCCCCGACGGCGAGAACAGGUCGCACUUUGAUAAGAUCAUCGAGGCGAGCUUCCCCCGCCUGCUCGCCGUGUGCAACGAGCUGGUCAACCAGGACAGCGACGAGGCGGGCGAGAUGCUGCACUUGGCGCUCAAGAUUUGGAAGCACGCAACUUGGAUUGAGCUUUCUGCUUUCUUGCGAGAGCAGCAGGUCAGCCUCGGCUGGUGCACCAUCUUCCUGCAGACCGUCUCCAAGGCGACGCCCGCCAGCGCGAUGGACGAGGAUAUCUUUGAGCGCGAGAAGCACCACUGGUGGAAGGCGAAGAAGUGGGCUUACUUCAACCUCAACCGAUUAUACAUCCGGCACGGUAACCCGCAAGCCAUCACCAAAGAGGACACCGCUCAGAUGGCCUACGCCAAGGAGUUCUCCGCGAACGUCGCCCCCGAAAUCCUCAAGCACUACCUCCAAGAGAUUGAGAAAUGGGUUGCCAAGACGACUUGGCUCAGCCGCCCCUGCCUUUCGUAUACGAUCGUCUUCUUCGACGAGUGCAUCAGGCCCAAGGAGAUGUGGACGCACCUCAAGCCCCACAUGACCAACCUUGUCACGCAUUUCAUCUUCCCGAUUCUGUGCCUUUCGAGCAACGACGUUGAGCAGUUCGAGGACGAGCCGGAGGAGUAUCUGCACCGCAAGCUGAACUUUUACGAGGAGGUGUCCGCCCCGGACGUUUCCGCGACCAACUUCCUUGUUACCCUGACCAAGGCGCGGAGGAAACAGACGUUUGAGAUCCUGACAUUCAUCAACACCGUCGUCAACGAGUACGAGCAGGCUGCCGAUGACAAGAAGAACCACAUCGCGAAGGAGGGUGCUCUGCGCAUGAUUGGCACGCUUGCGCCGGUCAUCCUGGGCAAGAAGAGCCCCAUCGCCGACCAGGUCGAGUUCUUCUUGGUGCGAUAUGUUUUCCCCGAUUUCACCAGCCCGCAAGGCUUCCUCAGGGCGCGGGCUUGCGAUACCAUCGAGAAGUUUGAGCAGCUGGACUUCAAGGACCAGGCCAACCUGCUCACCAUCUACCGCCACAUCCUCGACUGCAUGGCCGACCCGGCCCUCCCCGUCCGUGUAACCGCCGCCCUGGCGCUGCAGCCCCUUAUCCGCCACGACAUUAUCCGCACCAGCAUGCAGCAGAGCAUCCCCACGAUCAUGCAGCAGCUGCUCAAGCUCGCCAACGAGGCCGAUAUCGACGCUCUCGCCAACGUCAUGGAGGACUUCGUCGAGGUGUUCGCCACCGAGCUCACUCCCUUCGCCGUCGCCCUGAGCGAACAGCUGAGAGACACCUACCUGCGCAUCGUCCGCGAGCUCGUGGAGAAGAACGAGAGCCGCAACGACGACGAUUACGGCGACUUCCUCGACGAUAAGAGCAUUACCGCGCUUGGUGUCCUGCAGACCAUCGGUACCCUGAUUCUCACUCUGGAGAGCACGCCCGAUGUGCUUUUGCAUAUCGAAGCUGUGCUGAUGCCUGUUAUUCGUGUUACACUCGAGAAUAAGCUCUACGAUUUGUACAACGAAGUGUUUGAGAUCAUCGACAGCUGCACCUUCGCCGCCAAGGCCAUCUCCCCUACCAUGUGGCAGGCCUUCGAACUGAUCCACGCGACCUUUAAGUCGGGCGCCGAGCUCUACCUCGAAGACAUGCUCCCUGCUCUCGACAACUUUGUCCAGUAUGGCGCGCCUCAUCUGGUCCAGAAGCCCGAGUACGUCGAGGCCCUCUUCUCCAUGGUCUCGGACAUGUUCACCGACGGCAAGGUCGGCGGCGUCGAUCGCGUCUGCGCCUGCAAGCUCGCCGAGGCCAUGAUGCUGUCCCUGCCCGGCCAGAUCGACAAUGCUGUCAGAGGCUUCAUCACGAUGGCCAUGAACGUGCUCAGCACGCAGGACGUCAAGAUCAAGUCGUACAAGAUCCACCUCAUGGAGAUGGUCAUCAACUCCAUCUACUACAACCCCGUCUUGACUCUGCACGUGCUCGAGCAGGAGCAGUGGACCAACAAGUUCUUCAGCCUCUGGUUCGGCAGCAUGGAUGCCUUUACGAGAGUCCACGACAAGAAGCUCUGCAUCGUCGCCAUCGUGUCGCUUCUCAGCCUCAACCCGGACCAGGUCCCCCAGAGCGUGUCUGUCGGCUGGCCGCGGUUGCUGCAGGGCAUUACUGUGCUGUUCAGAACACUGCCUGCUGCCCUGAAGAACCGCGAGGAGGCGCUCAAGGAUGACUUCACCCUGGAGCCUGGCAACUACGACUAUGACGACGAUGAUGAGUGGAACGAGGACGAGGCUACCUGGACUGCCGAGGAGCCCGAGGGUGCCGAGAUCACCGAUGCCAAGGACGAGAGCACUGCUUAUCUCGAGUUCUUGAACGAGGAGAAGCUGACGUGGACCCAGGCCCAAAAGUUCGGCAAGCUCGGUGAGCACGAGUCUGAUGACGAGAUGGGUGAGGAGAGCGUACUGUUGGAAUCUCCCCUCGAUAAGAUCGACCCUUAUCAGGUCUUCCGCUCGUCUCUUAUGAAAAUGCAACAAGAACAGCCCCAGUUCUACUCGUCCCUCGCCUCUCACCUCACUGCCGAGGAGCAGAGCGUCAUCCACUCCGCUUUCGCCCAGGCCGAGGCUGCCCUCCUUAUCCAUCAGCAGCAACAGCAAGCCGCUGCUGCCGGUGGUGCUGUCAACGGUGGCGCGAGCUAG